AUGACCGGGGACGAACUGACCUAUGACUAUAAUUUUGACCCAUACUCUCAGAAAAACGUUCAGCAAUGCCGGUGUGGAUCGGACAGAUGCCGCGGUAUCCUGGGACCACGGCCGCGGGAGAAAGAGCAACGUUCAAAGGAGAAAGAACUGAGGGCUGAAAACGAGAAGAAAUCUAGUUCGAAGAAUAACAAUGAAAAGGCCAGCAUCACCAAGCAGAAGGUAUUGAAUGGAUCGACUUCGCGCGUCAAUAAGCGACAGCUUCUUGGUUCGAAGUCCAUCAAGUCUGGUGUGAAGAAAGUUGUUUCUAAAGCACGCGCUUCUGCUUCUAAAGCAACUACAGCAUCGAGAACUAGCUUGAAAACAACUGUCAGCACAAAAACCUCCAAGACGACAAACAAGAAAGCCACGGCAACUCCAACACGACGGCAGGUGAAGAAAGAUAACACCAAAUCCAAGAAAGAAGUUAAGCUGCCAAAGGUCAAAACCACAAAGACUAAAGCCAGAGCCCCGGCGAGUGCCAGGAAACCGGCACAGAAAAAUAAAACCCAGUCAACGCCAUUGACAUCUAAACUAAGCCGUCCAUCUGAGAAGACUAAAGCGAAAACCCUCCAGGCUGCUAAAGGGACGAACGCUCGCAGACGUACAGUGAAAAAGGAAGAUACCAAGCCCAAAAGUCCUACCAAGCGUACUUCUAAAGCCAAAGAGACCAGUCCUCGGGGGAAGGCAGCAAGCAAGGCUGCCAAGAACACCAAGGCAUAA